AUGCGGCGCAAGUUCUUCUCCAAUGAAUUCAUACCCAAUCCACGACCCUCCUCUCAGCCACCGUCCAUCUCAUCACAUCUCAAACAUACCCUCACGCUCAGAGGGUACACGGUCUCGCGAAACAUCCGCCUACUCGUCUCCCGUCUCAAUUUCGGGAUCUCAGGGGGGAUCUCUCCCAUUGGUCUAGGGAUUGCUCUUGACAAUACCUUUGGCCAACUGAGAGCGUUCCCUCCCGCCACUACAUUACCAUCACAAUUGAUUCCCGAAACGCCGACUCCCGCUUUCGCAUUACCCUAUGGCGACUACUCCAGCGGACCGUGCUACCAACCGGUUUACAACGGACUGCACACCAGUCCCUCGGACACUCCACUGGGGUUCUACAGCCCAACACCUAUGAGCACCUCGCCGAGUUACAACUCCACCAUGGGGGUUGGGCCUGAUCAACAUGCUUUUCAGGGUCAGAUGACUGACAUUUGGAUGCACACGCCUUGCUCGGGUCCGACCACGCCAUCGGAUGCCCUCUCAGUCACGAGAGCCGGCACAGUAGGGCAAUGGGGUCACAGCGUCUUUCCAAACGACUGUAUUCCCAGCUCAAUGGCUACAUUGUCUGUCAACGAUCCCAUCUACUUUGAGACUAUGGAAUCACAGAUUGGGUACAACGGACCUUCCGGGCAGAUCAGCAAUACCGGGCAAUUUGUGGCUCCACCCCAACAAGCUACCGGUGAAGGCAUGGCUACCGGUGAAGGCAUCCCUGAGGACAUCACAAUGAUGAUCAAGAGGGAAGUGUCUCCCGACAAGUGGGUAUCUGCUAGUGGCUUGAAAUGCCCCAAGUGCGGCGCCAUGUUUACUAGACGCUCCAACUGCAAGGAGCAUCAAAAGAUGCACAACCCACAAUGGAAGCACAACCAUCCGUGCGAUGACUGCCCCAAGACAUUUGGGAGAAGCUCUGACCUCAAAAGGCAUAUGAAAACUGUCCAUCUCGGCCAUCGAAAGUACAGCUGUGACAGUUGCGAUGCUCGUUUCAGUCGCCAGGAUAGCCUCGCCAGACAUAUGUGUGCAGACAAGACACGAAACGGGAAAUCCACUGGCCGCGACGGGCCUUCUUCACUUGGGCGAGAGCCGCGCCAACGAUCGUCAAACCACAGCUUGAGUGCCGGACAAUAA